GUUAAGUCAUCUCCAAUUGGUCUUUAUUGUUUAUUAAUUACUCGAUUGAUAAGACUAGUAAAAGACGGUUUGAUUUUAGUCGCUUUAGGAAGUCACUUCUAGUGCGUUGGCGUGAUUCGUGUCGUUUAAAACAAACAAACAAACAAAAAACAACUAUUUGAUGGCAUAGUGAGAUUAUAGAAAACCGAGGGGUUGAGACGCGCUAUUUCACAAGGCCUUGCCAGAAGAUGAAUGUCCUCAAAGACAACAAAGACUUGGCCUGUUUCUACACAACCAAACACUCCUGGAGGGGGAAGUACAAGCGAGUUUUCUCUGUUGGGACCCAUGGCAUCACCACGUACAACCCUACCACCCUAGAAGUUACAAAUCAGUGGCCUUAUGGGGAUAUCUGUGGCAUCACUCCAGUGGGAAAAGGCCAAGGUACAGAGUUCAACCUCACCUUCCGGAAAGGUAGCGGGAAGAAGUCCGAGACGCUGAAGUUCUCAACCGAGCAUCGCACAGAGCUGCUGACCGAGGCCCUGAGAUUCAGAACAGAUUUUUCAGAAGGGAAGAUAACUGGAAGACGUUAUAACUGCUACAAGCAUCCUUGGAGUGACACACGACGCAUGGUGGGACUGGAGGUGACACCUGGGGGGAUCGACCAGAUCGACAACCACACCAACCGUGUCAUCUGCUCCUACGACUACCGCUGCAUCGAGGGUUUCGCGGAGGUGUCCGACUAUCAGGGGGGCUUCUGCAUCCUCUACGGAGGUUUCAGCCGACUGCACCUUUUUGCAUCAGAGAACCGGGAUGAGAUCAUGCGCAGCGCGAUCGAGCAUGCGGGGAACUUCAUCGGAAUCAUGUUGCGUCUGCGGAAGGAUCCACUGAACUUCGAGGGCUUCCUUACUGAGCGCCUGGGCAAGUACUCCUCGGACGAGAGCAUCACCUCACUCGCUGAGUUCAUCGUGCAGAAGAUCUCACCACGCCAUGCGGAACCUGUAAAGAGGAUCUUGGCCCUCACGGAGACAUGUCUGGUGGAGAGAGACCCUGCCUCCUACAACAUUGUCACCGUCAAGCCAUUUGGAGAGGUGUUUGCUCUGAUCUGUGAUGAGGAGAACCCUCAGGUCUUCACCGUCGAGUUCAUCAAGGGACAGAUCCGGAAGUACUGCUCCACAGAGAGGGACUCUCUGCUUGCUAGUCUUUUAGAUGGUGUAAGGGCGUCUGGUAACAGGGACGUAUGUGUGAAGAUGGCCCCCACCCAAAGAGGGCAGCGCUGGGGUCUUCUUAGCAUGCCUGUAGAUGAGGAGGUGGAGAGUCUCCAUCUCAAAUUCCUUGCUGCUCCUCCCAAUGGAAAUUUUGCUGAUGCAGUGUUCAGGUUCAAUGCCAACAUCUCCUACAGUGGAGUUCUACAUGCCGUUACUCAAGAUGGACUCUUCUCCGAGAACAAAGAGAAGCUGAUCAACAACGCCAUCUUGGCUCUGCUGUCCCAGGAGGCGGAGCUGGCAGGACCCAAUGCUGAUCUGGAGGCCCAGUUCCAGGCCAUCCGGCGGCUGGUGGCCUCCAAGGCUGGGUUCCAGGCCUUCACGCAGCUCCCUAGGUUUAGGGAAAAGCUCGGGGUGAAGACGGUAAAAGCUCUGAAGAGGAACAAUAAUGGAGUAACACAUGCUGCUAUAGACAUGCUUUGUGCUCUUAUGUGUCCAAUGCACGAUGACUAUGACUUAAGGCAGGAGCAACUGAACAAGGCCUCUCUGCUCUCUUCCAAGAAAUUUCUGGAGAACCUUUUAGAAAAGUUCAUCAAUAACGUGGAGUACGGUACGGGUGCUUUAGUGAUCAGUGCACUGCUGGACUUCUUGACCUUUGCCCUCUGCGCACCCUACAGUGAAACAACUGAAGGUCAGCAGUUUGAUAUGCUGUUGGAGAUGGUGGCCUCCAAUGGACGAACGCUCUUCAAACUCUUCCAGCAUCCCUCCAUGGCUAUAGUGAAGGGGGCUGGUCUGGUUAUGAAGGCUAUUAUUGAGGAGGGUGAUAAAGAAAUCGCCACCAAGAUGCAGGAUUUAGCACUGAGUGAAGGUGCUUUACCCAGACAUCUCCACACAUCGAUGUUCACUGUUAGCGCAGACCAGAGGAUGCUUACCAACAGACAGCUGAGUCGACACCUGGUGGGCUUGUGGACAGCUGAGAACCCCAUCGCCUUGAACCUGCUCAAGAGAAUCCUGCCGACCGGUCUCCUGGCAUACCUGGACAGCUCUGACCCUGUGCCAGAGAAGGACAUGGACAGGAUGCACGUCCGUGACAACCUCAAAAUCGCCACGGACCAGUUUGGGCGGACCAAGGUGCCGGAGUGGCAGCGGAUAGCCGGGAAAGCAGCCAAGGAGGUGGAGAAGUUCGCCAAAGAGAAGGCCGACCUGGUUCUAAUGCACUGGAGAGACAAGAUGGGCAUUGCGCAGAAGGAGCAGGACAGGAAUAACCUGAACCCGAACCAAAAACCGGUGGUCCUGAGGAAGAGGAGACAGCGCAUCAAGAUCGAGGCCAACUGGGAGCUCUUCUACUACAAAUUUCAGAUAGAUCAUGCAUGCUCCAACCUGAUCUGGAACCUGAGGACUCGGGAGGAGCUGCGUGAUGCUCUGGAGGGAGAGAUGCGCUCGUUCAGUGUGGACCGAGAGCUCGGCAGUGCCAAUGUCAUCUCCUGGAACCACCAAGAGUUUGAGGUGAAGUAUGAGUGCCUUUCAGAUGAGAUCAAGAUUGGCGAUUAUUACCUGCGCCUGCUGCUGGAGGAGGAUGAGAAUGAGGAAUCUGGAGCCAUCAAACGAUCAUACGAGUUCUUUAACGAGCUGUACCACCGCUUUCUGCUGACGCCCAAGGUGCCGAUGAAGUGUCUCUGCCUUCAGGCCCUGACCAUCGUCUAUGGGAAGUGCUGUGACGAGAUCGGCCCCUUCGCUGACACCAAAUACAUCGUGGGCAUGCUGGACAGGUGUACAGACAGGCUAGAGAGAGACAGGCUCAUUCUCUUCCUCAACAAACUAAUUCUAUGCAAGAAAAAUGUGAAGGAUAUAAUGGACUCCAAUGGUGUGCGUAUUCUAGUGGACCUGCUCACGUUGGCUCACCUCCACACCAGCCGAGCUACGGUUCCUCUGCAGAGUAAUGUGUUGGAGGCAGCUCCUGACAUGAAGCGAGAAAGUGAGAAAGAGUGGUACUUUGGGAAUGCUGAUAAGGAGAGGAGAGGACCUUUCAGUUUUGAGGAGAUGCAGGAGUUCUUUAACUCGGGCGCGGUCACAGGAAAGACACGGUGCUGGGCCCAGGGCAUGGAUGGCUGGCGCCCCCUGCAGGCUAUCCCGCAGCUUAAGUGGUGCCUUCUGGCCAGUGGGCAGGCUGUGAUGAACGAGACGGACCUGGCCACGCUUAUCCUGAACAUGCUCAUCACCAUGUGCUCCUACUUCCCCAGCAGGGACCAGGACAAUGCGAUCAUCAGACCUUUGCCAAAAGUGAAGAGGCUGAUCAGUGACAACACUUGCCUACCCCACAUUGUUCAGCUGCUCCUGACCUUUGACCCCAUCCUGGUAGAGAAGGUGGCCAACCUGCUAUAUCUGGUGAUGCAGGACAACCCCAACCUGCAGCGACUCUACCUCACUGGAGUUUUCUUCUUCAUCAUGAUGUACACAGGCUCCAAUGUUCUCCCUGUGGCACGUUUCCUAAAGUACACUCACCUGAAGCAGGCCUUCAAAUCAGAAGAGGCUAAAGGUCAGGACAUUGUGCAGAGAAGUGUGUUGGGACCAGCCCUGCCAGAGGCAAUGGUGUGUUAUCUGGAGAAUUACGAGGCAGAACGCUUUUCUGAGAUCUUCCUUGGAGAGUUUGAUACUCCUGAGGCCAUCUGGAGCAGCGAGAUGAGGCGUCUGAUGAUUGAGAAGAUAGCUGCUCACCUGGCCGACUUCACUCCCCGCCUGCAGAGUAACACUCGGGCUCUUUAUCAGUACUGCCCCAUCCCCGUGGUCAGCUUCCCUCAGCUGGACAGCGAGCUCUUCUGCAACAUCUACUACCUCCGUCACCUCUGCGACUCCAACCGCUUUCCUGACUGGCCCAUACGUGACCCUGUGAAACUGCUGAAGGACACUCUGGAGGCCUGGAAGCGGGAGGUAGAGAAAAAACCUCCCUCCAUGUCUGUUGAUGAUGCCUACGAGGUGUUGAACCUCCCCACUGGACAGGGACAGCACGAGGAAAGUAAAAUUAGAAAAGCCUAUUUCAGGCUGGCUCAGAAAUACCAUCCAGACAAAAACCCAGAGGGCCGGGACAUGUUUGAAAAGGUGAAUAAGGCGUACGAGUUCCUGUGCACUAAAUCGGCACGGAUCGUGGAUGGGCCGGACCCAGAGAACAUAAUCCUCAUCCUCAAAGCUCAGAGCAUCCUCUUCAACCGACACCGCCAGGAGCUGGAGCCUUACAAGUACGCUGGCUACCCCAUGCUUAUUAAGACCAUCACCAUGGAGACGGGCGAUGAACAGCUUUUCUCCAAGACGUCCCCUCUGCUGCCGGCGGCGUCCGAGCUGGCCUUCCACACAGUGAACUGCUCUGCGCUCAACGCAGAGGAGCUCCGGCGGGAGAAUGGCACCGAGGUCCUGCUGGAGGCGCUGUCGCGCUGCGUGGCCGUCCUUACUGCAUCUAGCAAGCCGGAGGACAUGGCAGUACAGGUGUGCGGGCACAUCUGUAGGUGCUAUAGUGUAGCUGCUCAGUUUGAGGAGUGCAGAGAGAAAAUCAUCGAGCUUCCAAACAUUAUCCGAGACCUUUGUCACAUACUCUACUAUGGCAAGGCUCUGCCACGUCUGGCCUCUGUGGCUGUGCAGUGCGUUAGCUCCUUCGCCGUGGACUUCUUCCUGCAGACACACCUGUACCACGCCGGUGCCCUCUGGCAUCUGCUCGUCAACCUCUUCAGCUACGAUUACACACUGGAGGAGAGCGGUGUGCAGGCCAGCCAGGACACCAACCAGCAGGAGGUGGCCAACGCCCUGGCCAGGCUCAGCCUGGUGGCCCUGGGGCGCCUGGGUGGCUACGGGACCCCCAUCAGCCCUGAGGAGGGCGCCGUGCCCGAGGCAAAUGGUGGCGAUGGGACAGGCCCGCCGCCAGAGAACCCCACCAUUCGCAAGAGCCUAGCAGCCAUGCUCACGCCGUACAUCGCACGCAAACUGGGCACCAGCUCGCCGGCCGAGGUGCUGAAGUUGCUGAACAGCAACUCUGAGAACCCGUAUCUGAUCUGGAACAACGGUACCAGGGCCGAGCUCCUGGAGUUCCUGGAGGCACAGCAGGAGAGCAACAUCAAGAGGGGUGAAUGUGAUAAAAGCUUUGGUGCUGAGUUUGUGUUCAGUGAGCAUGGGAAGGAGCUCAUCGUGGGAGAGAUCUUUGUCCGUGUUUACAAUGAGCAGCCUGCCUUUCCUCUGGAGCAUCCGAAGGCGUUUGCAGCCAGCCUCCUGGACUAUGUGGGAUCCCAGGCCCAGUAUCUGCACACCCUACUGGCCAUGAGCCAGACGAACAAAGUGGAAUCACAACAGCAUGCCCAGAGACUGCGCUGGGCCGAGAUGGCCCUGGAGGCCCUGCGCAACGUCAUCAGGAACAACCCGGGCUCAGAGACGGAAUGCAUCGGGCACUUCAAGCUGCUCUUCUCCCUGCUCAGAGUUCACGGUGCUGGCAAGGUCCAACAGCUAGCCCUGGAGGUUGUGAACACAGUCACAUCAAACCAAGAAUGUGUCGGUAACAUAGCCGAGUCUCUGGUGCUGGCCAAUCUGUUGGUCCUGCUGCACUCCCUACCUUCCAGCAGGCAGCUUGUGCUGGAGACUCUCCAUGCCUUGACCUCCAACACUAAAAUUGUCAAAGAGGCCAUGGCUAAAGGUGCACUCAUCUACCUGCUGGACUUGUUCUGUAACUCCACCCACCCGCAGGUGCGCACUCAGACUGCUGAGCUCUUCUCUAAGAUGACCUCGGACAAGCUAGUCGGCCCCAAGGUGCGCUUGACGCUGAUGCGUUUUCUGCCCGGUGUCUUCAUGGACGCCAUGCGAGACAACGCCGAGGCUGCCGUGCACAUCUUUGAGGGGACACACGAAAACCCUGAGCUGAUCUGGAAUGACGCCUCUCGAGAGACUGUCUCUACUACCGUCAGAGAGAUGAUGCUCGACCAUUUCAGGCAACAGAAGGAUAAUCCUGAUGUAAACUGGAAGCUGCCGGAGGACUUCACGGUGGCGUACGCAGCAGGGCAGGGUGAGCUGGAGGUGGGCGGUGUGUUCUUAAGGAUCUUCAUCACUCAGCCCGGCUGGGUGUUACGCAAGCCUCGAGAGUUCCUCGUCUCCCUGCUGGAGACCCUCACCCAGCUUCUGGAGAAAAACAACCCUAAUGGGGAGGCGCUGGAGAUGGUCACCACAGCGGCGGUGUGCUUGUUCAGCACUCAAACUCAGCUGGCUGAUCAGGUCCCUCCUCUGGGUCACCUGCCCCGCAUCCUGGCAGCCCUUAACCACAAGAACAAUGCCAUCCCCAAGAGCUCCAUCAGACUCAUUCACGUGCUCUCUGAGAACGAGCUGUGUGUGCGUUCCAUGGCUGCGCUGGAGACCAUUGGGCCACUGAUGACUGGGAUGAAGGUCAGGGCUGAUAUGGCAGGAUUGGCCUGUGAAGCUCUCAACCGCAUGUUCCAGAGAGAGCAGACAGAGCUGGUCGCACAGGCUCUCCGAGUAGAGCUUGUGCCAUACUUACUGAAGCUGUUAGAGGGAGUGGGAUUGGAGACUCUAGAGAACCCCUCAGCAACCAAAGCUCAAAUCGUCAAAGCUCUCAAAUCCAUGACUCGCAGCCUACAGUAUGGAGAACAGGUGAAUGAAAUACUGUCUCGUUCCUCUGUGUGGAGUGCCUUCAAAGAUCAGAAACACGAUCUUUUCAUCUCAGAUUCACAGACUGCAGGCUACCUGACAGGUCCGGGAGUAGCAGGCUAUCUAACCGCAGGCACGAGUACUACGGUUAUGCCCAGUGUCCCGCCGCCCGUAGACAACGACAACGGAGACCUGGGCUGAGAGACGACUGGACCCCCGAGCAGGACGGACAAGCUCCGACGGCGAGAGCACACCACUUCCCCACAAGUAGCGGCCUUCUCAUCUCCACCAGGAAGACGAAGGGGGGCAAAAGAAAGAUGGAAAAGGGGACGAGGAGGAAUAGGAGGGGUGGACAUCACUGCCCCUUGUGAGCACUGCUCGAGAUGUCUGCUGCCACACUCGCCAAAUGUCUGCCGUGUUCUCUCACAGCACUUGGUCUUCAGCCGUUUAUUUUGUUUUCUUCCCUUUUUGUUGUCCCAUUUAAAUCAGCAGUUCUUUCAGUGUUAAAUUCAGUUGGUUUUUUUUUUGUUGUUGUUGCUUUAUUUCAAGGGACAGCAAAAAGUUUACUUUUGUAAAAAAAUGUUCUUGAUUUUGUGUGUGUGUGUGUGUGUGUGUGUGUGUGUGUGUUUUUUAUAUAUAUAUUUAUAUAUAUAUAUAUAUAUAUAUAUAAAAUACACAAAAUACACACACACAUUUUUUUUAUUAUUGGGAGGAGGGGGUACUAGUGGCAGCAGAGAUCCAGCUUUUCCUUUCUGCCUCCAUUUCUUUGUCAUGGCAACCAGCUUGGAUACCCAAGAGAGACCUUUUACUAGUUCCAUUAUUGUGGACACAAACGCUUCGUCGUCUCGACCAAAUCUCUGACCAUCUUGGGUUUACGAGUCCACUCCUCCAUCACGCUGCAGCGCCCCAGCCCUUCUCUGUCCUUGUUUCGUACCAUUACACCUACAGUGGUAUGGAGGGCGAAAUAUAGUUGAGAAGUCAAACCUUCAAUCCUGUGAUGUGUGUGGGUGUGUCUGUGGGUGGGUGUCCUCCACUCUGUGAUGACUGUGACGAUGUCUUUUUCAGUCCCUGUUGUCUUCGUGCCAUGUCUCCUGCUCCAGAUCUGCCUUUUCCACGUGACCGUCACUGUCUCUCUGUCUGUCUCCACCAAAAGCCCUUUUUCCUUUCCUUUUAUUUUUUCUCCCCCCAGAAUGCAAAAAGCACUAGACUAUUUAUACCUAGUCAAGUAAUGAUCUUCACCAACUGAAAAAUGAGCUUCUGAAAGAGGACACAAGAGAAAUGAUACUGAUAACAAAUGUAUGUGAAAGACUAGUGCAAUUGUGAAACUGUCUAUAUAUGCCGUAUAUAAACUUUCUAUAUUGAAUGUACAUUUAAAAAAAAUUAAAUCUGUCGCACUUGUACAUAAAAUUUUAAGAAUAAAAGGGAAUCCACAAUG